GGAGAGCGCAUCCGCGCCUGCUCCGAGACCUUUUCCCAUGGAUCUUUCCUCGCAGACAUCUCAACCAGGUGUACCUCGAGGAAAGAAACGCGAAUCACCGAAGGGAAAAUCGUGGAUAGAUCCAUCGGAGCGAGUGUUGAAGAAGAGCAGACUCGAGGACGGAGGAGAGAAACCUGCUCUCAUUGACGACGAAGCUGAGAUACCGACGGGCAGCCUGUCGUCAAUGCGUAUCAGCUCGUCUCCAUCGCCAGUGUCUAGUGGCAUGAACGAAGCAGAAACAAAGGAGCUCUGUCCCUUCUGUGACGAGCCCUGGCCCGAGCGACCAUCCAAACGUCUGACUGAGUUGCUCAAACAAGUCAAGCCUCGGGCCUGGAAGGACCCGCGAUACUCCAAUCCGGACGGGCUCAGCGCGCCACUGGAAAUCUUCGUCAGCUUGUGCACGUUACAUCGAUCCGAGACUAGCCAUAUUCCAGAAGGCAUUGCACAAGGCUGGCCUACCACACUUGACUUCAACCGAAUCCCUAAACGCUUAGAGCAGCGCAAGGACAGUCUUAAGGCGAUCAUCAGCUCUCCUUCUGCAUCACCUUUCUUCCAAGCAGCCAAGAACGAUAUUUUUGAGAAGGGAACGAGAGUCGCAGGCAGCGUGUUUGGUCAGUACGAGACCUUCGAACGCUGUCAGCCGGGAUACUACGGUGAACAGGGAAUGAUCACCAUCCAACGCGCUCUUAUGUUCAUGUUCCCAAACAUGGUAGCAUCAAACACGAGGCCAUUAUCGGUAGAUGACUUCAUCCGUCAAGUUUUAGUGCCAGAGGCGGCCAUUCUGCUCAUUCGCCAGGACCUGCAAUUGAGUCGUGCCAAGGCUUUGCAGGUUCUCUUGAAAAGUCGGAAGUACGGUCUUGCUCAAUUUCCAGACCGAGAUGGAGGUGAGACACAGUGGCAAGAUAACAAUCACGCACGUGUCCAUCGACUCCAAAAUUCUCCUUCUCUACACACAUUUCCGGAUGACACGAUAUCUCCCGUAAUAAAAACUAGUUCUACAACAAGAACGACCAAACGGCAAUUGAAACCGGUCAAGGUAGACUGGAGCUACAAAUUCCGGGACAACGAUACAGCAUCUUCUAGCUGCCCAAAUGAGGAGUCCGUGGAGAUAGUUGAUAUCACUGAAAGCCCUCUCCGACCUCCAACUUCACGCAAAGAUGGCCAUGGCGAUAGGUGGCCUUUGGGUAGCAGUGACGAAGAGACUUUCCAUUUGCGGAAGCCAAAGUUGAGAUGAUCCCCGAUUCCCGCUUUCCGCUUGAACCUUGUGCGACUUGUGAU